AAGAAGAAAUCAUGGAUUGUAUAAAAGUCAUCCUCUAAGUGUUUGGACUCAGCAGUGUGCAGGUUUGCUGCACAGGCAAAAGGAAGAUGGCGACUCCUUACGUACCAGUUCCAAUGCCUAUAGGCAAUUCUUCUUCCAGCUUUACAACCAACAGAAACCAAAGAAGUUCUUCUUUUGGGAGCAUCUCUACAAGCUCAAGCUCUUCAAAAGGCCAGUUGGAAGACUGUAAUAUGGGUCAUUCUAAACAGACAACUGUUCCUUAUCAAACGGAUAAUACAUCAUCUGUCUCUAGCAGUCCCCUCAUAAGGACGAAAUUUACAGGAACAAAUUCUUCCAUUGAGUAUUCUGCUAGACCAAAAGAAAAUGAAGAACAAAAUCCUGAAACAAUAAAUUGGGAAAAUAGACCUUCUACACCUACGAUACUGGGCUAUGAAGUAAUGGAAGAAAGAGCUAAAUUUACUGUAUAUAAAAUAUUAGUAAAGAAAACACCAGAAGAAAGCUGGGUAGUUUUCAGAAGAUAUACUGACUUCUCUAGACUUAAUGAUAAAUUAAAAGAUAUGUUUCCAGGCUUCCGAUUAGCACUUCCACCAAAACGUUGGUUCAAAGAUAACUACAAUACCGACUUUUUAGAAGAUAGACAACUAGGAUUACAAGCAUUUCUUCAAAAUUUAAUAGCUCAUAAGGACAUUGCUAACUGCCUUGCAGUAAGAGAGUUUCUUUGUCUGGAUGAUCCACCGGGUCCAUUUGAUAGCCUAGAAGAAAGCAGGGCUUUUUGUGAAACUUUAGAAGAGACAAACUACCGUUUACAGCGAGAACUACUUGAAAAGCAAAAAGAAGUAGAAUCACUGAAGAAGCUACUCAGCGAGAAGCAACUUUACUUAGACACUCUAGAGAGCAGAUUCAAAACAAUGUCAUUAGAAGCUGCAGAAUCACUGCAUGUAUCAGAAACAGUAGACAGGUCUGACUUCAAGGAAGAGCCCUCUGCACUUGAGGGUGAUCAAGGUAUCUUGGAUGAAGAAUCUAGAGUUCAGAAUAAGCAAUGCUUAAGUUUUAGUGAACCUGAAAAUUCUGUAUCAGAGAUAGAAGUAGCAGAAGUGGCAUAUAAUGGUGAAGAAGACUAAAAUAUCACAAAUAAUUCUGAACAUUUCUUGUGGUAGCAGCUAUUUCGUCUUUGUUCUCAUUCCAGAGUGGCAAAUAUUUAAAAUUAUAUAAAGACUGAAACAUUUACUGAAAACAAGAAUGCACAUGUAUAAAGUUUAAGUUAUUAUAAGAAAUAUAUUCACUGUACUUACUCACUGCUGCUUCAAAUUGUCUUUUAGCCAACUAUUGUACUUAACAUACUUAAAAGAUUCUAGCUAAGAGUUUUGUUAUAAAGCUCCACAUUCUUAAAUGGAGUGCAUAAAUUAUUUUGGUGGUUUUGAUAGUGUAUUGCUUCAAAUUGACAUGUAUGUUGUAAGUGUAUCUGCUUGCUUGAGUGUUGUGUGUGUAUUUGGAUCAGUUAUAUUACUCAAAUGAAAAUUGCAUGAAACUAUCUGGUUAGUGGAUACUUUGAUAUUUAACGUGAUAUUUUUCAUUAUUGUUUAAAUCAGUGGUUAAGAGUGAAUUUUAAAUAUCUGUUUAUUAUCGUUCAAUAAAAAUUGUUUAUUUGGAAUGGUAUGCUAUUUAAAAUGGAAGGUUUUCUAGUACCAAAGGGAAACUAUUUGAAAGAGAGCAUCACUAACAUAGUAGCUUUUAUUUUAAAAGUAAAUUCAAUAAUAUCAGAAACUAUUAUGUCUCCCAGUUUAUUUUCCAUACAUAUUUACCUUAAAUUUCCACCUAUAGAAUUG